AUGUCAGGCAGUUUGAUUUUUCGGAAAACAACUACGGGAUUUCCCCCUUGCGCGUUGCGCAUUUUAAAGGAGGACUACGUAGUUGUGGGAACUUAUGAAUUAGAUAAGGCUACUGGCUACAGAAAAGGUACAAUUGAGGUAUAUGAUUCGGAAUUGAGAUUGAAAAAUACUUAUCCAACUUAUGCAGCGAUUUUGGAUUUGAAAUUGAGUCCUCAUGUUGAGAACCUAAUUGCCACAGCGCAUUCUACUGGAAACGUAAUGCUAUGGAAAUUUGACCUCGGUGGGCUAAAGGAAUUGGCAAAUUUACAGGUCUUCCAAACUGAUGUACUUAUAACUUCACUGAACUUUUCCCCGCUGAAUGCGAACAGUUUAGUUUUAACAACGACUACGGGGUCGAUAAUGACUAUAGAUAUAGCAGUGGGAAAUUGUGCUACAGGUUUUAAGUUAUGCGAAAGUUUAAUAACGAAUAUGGACACUAAGAUUUAUGAAGUUCAGGGAACCAUGCAGAGAUGUGUUGACAUUGUUGAAAAAUAUGACGAGUUUGAAAGGGGACAUACAUUAGAAUGCUGGACUAGUGAAUUUGGGUCCUUGUCGCCGCUAGAAAACGUUGUGUUUAGUGGUGGGGAUGACUGUGCGAUCAUGGCUCACGACCUCAGGUCAAAAUCUUUUAUAUGGUAUAACAACACCGUACAUGAGGGAGGAGUUGUAGCAAUCAAGGCUGCUACUGAAAGCUUUCGCCGAAACAUGCCAACUUCCUUGUUAACGGGGUCCUACGACGAUACUAUUCGCUCAUUUGACUUACGCAUGUUAGGAAAUUCUAUAUUUCCUGGCGAAGGCCUUCGUCCUCUUAAUAUUGAGGAGCUAAACCUUGAGGGUGGGGUCUGGAGGUUCUCAGAGUCGCCCUUAAACAAAGAAUCUGAAGAUGUCAACAAUCUAGUUGUGUGCUGUAUGUAUAAUGGUGCAAAGGUUGUCUCCGUAAAUGGCCACAAAAUUGAAACGCUUGCACAUGAGAAAGACGGGCAUGAUUCAAUUUGUUACGGCUGUGAUUGGAGUAAUGAAUUCAUCGCAACAUGUUCAUUUUACGACAAGUCUUUGCAAUUAUGGAAUAUAUAA